CACGAACAAGGUGAUUGGCGGGUAUUUGUAUUGUUUUGUUAAUUUUUGUUAUAUUAUAUAAUUAUUAUACGUUUAUUAUAUUACACCAAUAAAGUGCCGUUGGUCACUGGAUCUGUCUGGUUUUAGAGAGAGAGAGAGAGAGAGAUUCAGAGGAAGAGAAAAACGUGUGGUUAUGUGAUUGAGGAAGAGAGAACUGAGAAGGCAUUGCCAAUUCUCCCAGCAAAUCUGAGGCCACCUUCGGUAGAGAUUGUUUCAUUUUCAUAACAAAAAAAAAUGAGCUCUAACCUUAUGAGUGUUGAGCUGGUUUGAUAAAUUUUGUUUCUCUUCCAAUCUAUUUAUUCCCCUUGAUUCCUUCGGUUCAUCUCAACAAACCCUUUUGAGUGCCUACCCUUCUGUUGCAAGUUAUGGACGCAAAAGAAUUAUUCUCCACAAAUCUGAUUGAUGGCACUGUUACCUCACACAUCAAGAGGCAAUGCAAUUCUCCUCAUACAGUUAUUGUUAUUGGUGCUGGAAUAUCAGGAAUUGCUGCUGCACGUAGUCUUCAUGAAGCAUCUUUUAAGGUGAUUGUACUGGAGUCAAGGGAUAGGAUAGGUGGCAGGAUUUAUACUGAUUACUCAUUUGGCUGUCCAGUAGAUAUGGGAGCCUCGUGGCUACAUGGUGUUUGCAAUGAGAAUCCCUUGGCACCAUUGAUACGUGGAUUAGGACUUACACUAUAUCAUACCGGUGGUGAUAACUCUGUCAUAUAUGAUCAUGACUUGGAAAGCUGUAUGCUAUUUAACAUUGAUGGUCAUCAAGUCCCUCAACACAUUAUGAUCGAAGUUGGAGACACUUACAAGAGAAUUCUGGCAGAGAUAGUGAAAGUGAGGAAUGAGCAUCCUGAUGAUAUGCCUAUUCUCCAAGCCAUUUCAAUUGUGUUAAAUAAACAUCCAGAACUAAGGCUACAAGGACUUGCUCAUGAAGUGCUGCAAUGGUAUAUAUGCAGAAUGGAAGCUUGGUUUGCUUCUGAUGCAGAUAUAAUACCACUGAAAACCUGGGAUCAGGAGCAUGUCCUCACUGGUGGUCAUGGACUCAUGGUAAAAGGAUAUGAUCCUGUUGUAAAAGCUCUUGCAAAUGAUCUCGAUAUACGCUUAAAUCACAGGGUAACAAAAAUAUCCAAUGGUUACAACAUGGUAAUGGUCACAGUUGAGGAUGGCAGAAACUUUGUUGCUGAUGCUGUUAUUGUAACUGUCCCUAUUGGAAUCCUUAAGGCCAAUUUAAUUGAAUUUACACCAAAACUGCCUGAUUGGAAAGCUUCAGCAAUUAAUGAUAUUGGUAUGGGAAAUGAAAAUAAGAUUGCCCUAAGAUUUGAUAGCGUGUUUUGGCCUAAUGUAGAAGUUCUGGGCAUAGUUGCACCCACCUCUUAUGCCUGUUGUUAUUUUCUGAAUCUCCACAAGGCAACAGGCCAUCCAAUUCUUGUGUAUAUGGCAGCUGGCAGGUUUGCCUACGACCUUGAAAAGCUAUCUGAUGAAUCAGCUGCAAAUUAUGUGAUGCAACAACUCAAGAAGAUGUUUCCUGAUGCUUCUAAGCCUGUUCAAUAUCUUGUGUCACGUUGGGGAACAGAUCCAAACUCUCUUGGCUGUUAUGCAUGUGAUUUAGUUGGGAUGCCAGAUGAUGUGUAUGAGAGGCUUCGUGCACCAUUAGGUAAUCUAUUCUUUGGUGGGGAAGCUGUUAGUAUGGAUGACCACCAGGGAUAUGUGCAUGGAGCUUACUCUUCGGGGUUGGUGGCUGCUGAAAAUUGUCAGAGACAUCUUCUACAAAAACAGGGUCACAUGGAAAAUCUCCCUCUAGUUCCUUCUGUUAGACAUGAAAUGUUUGAAACUACUAUACCUCUUCAAAUCUCUAGAAUUUGAUUUAUGUAACUUCCUUGUUCUUGAAAAUGAGAGCAAUGCUCAAAAAAAUGAGUUGCUAGAUUAAUUAA